AUGCUGGACGUUGUCAUCAUCAAGGCACUGCGGGCCAUCCUACCGCUAGCCACCCCGAUCAUCACGCCGAAACAGCCUCCAGCACCCAAGCCCAACGUCACCACCUAUAUUCCGUCGCCCUUUGUGCCCGGCAAGAUCACCCGCAAGGCCCAGCGACGUCGUCUGAAGGCAGACAUCUAUUGGCCCUCCGGUCAGGCAGACGAUGUCGCACUGCCCAUCAUCCUCAAUUUCCAUGGCUCUGGUUUUUGCUUGCACACCCAUGGUGAUGAUUCGCGCUUCUGUGCGUACGCUGCUCGCUCCCUUCCAGCGAUUGUGAUCGACGUCGACUACUCGCACGCGCCUGAGCAUCCAUGGCCAGCAGCUGUUGAGGAUGUCGAUUCGGCCAUUCAGUUUGCAAAACACUUCGCUCGCGAGAAUCGCAAGCAGCGGCGGCGCCACGGUGCAGCUGGAGCCACUGGUUUCAAGGAAUGGCUAUGGGAUUCCAAUCGCAUCGCUCUCGUCGGGUUUAGCUCCGGCGGCAACCUGGCGUUGAUAGGCUCGACCAGGACCGAAGUCCACGGCGGGGUUCAAGCCGUCGUUGCGUUCUACCCCUCAACCAACCUCGACGAGGAUCCGUACGCAAAACCCCAACUCACACCGCUCAAGGGCGCGGCAGGAGGCAAGCUCCCACCCUGGCUGCGCAAAAUUCUCUACCGCUGCUACGUCCCCAUCGAAAAGGUCAAGGACCGCAAGCAGCCGUUCAUCUCGCCCUUCUUCGCAGACCCCGAGACGUUCCCGUCCUCGAUCACCAUUAUCACCGCAGAGCAAGACGCGCUCGCACGCGAAGGCCGCAAGCUCGCCGACAAGCUCGACCGCAGCUCCGCGUUCAAAGGAUCCAUCGUCCACUGGGAAGCACGAGGUCAGGGUCACAACUGGGAUAAAAUGACAAAGGCAAAUUCGGAGCCGGAACAGCUGAAAGACGAGGCGUAUGCUUUAACGUUGCGACGCAUUCGCCAUGCGUUUGCAGCCGUGGCUAUCGGCUACGACGAUCCGCGGGAGAGAUUCGAUGAGGCUGAUGAAGAUGAUAUCAACGAUGACGAGGAGGAGGAGCAGGACAGUCGGGAUCAGAGGCCGUCCAAUGUUGGGUCGAAACCCAACGUGUCAAGGCUGGCAGCGCUAUCCGAUGGAGCUGACUCUCGCUCUCGUUCCAGCUUCAACACGGCCACCACAUCUGUUGGGCGCGACUCGCUGUCCCGUCCUGCGACGCUGAAAAGUCCCAAGCUGUAG